UCAAUAAUCCGAGAGAAAUCAAUAACUAACACUUCUAAACAGCGGAAAAAACAAAAAAUGUGCAGUCUGGAGAAGCGUGGUAACCUAUGGAUUCUAACUCUCAACGGUGACGAUGAAAACCGUCUCAAUCCAACCCUAAUCGAUUCCCUUCUCUCAACCCUAACAAAUCUCUCUUCUCAAUCCACUCCUGGUUCCGUCCUCAUUACAACAGCCAAAGGCAAAUUCUUCUCCAACGGCUUCGACUUACAAUGGGCACGUGCCGCCGACUCCAAAUCCGCCGCUAUGGAUCGCCUUCAAUUCAUGGUCGAUUCUCUCAAGCCAGUUGCUGCCGCUUUCUUAUCGCUUCCUAUGCCGACUAUCGCCGCCGUCAACGGCCACGCAUCCGCCGCCGGAUUCAUGCUUGCGAUUUUCCAUGAUUAUGUUUUGAUGAGGAGUGAUCGAGGUGUGUUGUAUAUGCCGGAGGUGAACCUCGGGUUGCCGUUGCCGGAUUACUUCGCCGCCGUGAUGAGAGAGAAGAUUAAGUCGCCAGUGGUGCUGCGGGAUGUGUUGCUUGGUGGCGUGAAAAUUAAGGGGAAUGAGGCGGUUAAGAUUGGGAUUGUGGAUUCGGCGCAUGAUAGUGUGGAGAGUACUGUAGAGGCUGCUGUGCGCUUGGGGGAACAGUUGGCACGGAAGAAGUGGAUGGGUGAAGUGUAUGCAGAGAUAAGAAAGAGUUUGUAUCCUGAAGCGUGUGAUGUUUUGGGUUUGACUCUUAAACCAAUCAUAUCCAAGAUCUGAAUUGAAUUUAUUACUACAAAUUUUCUGUUGUAUUCAGGAUUUCAAAUUUAAUAAGAUUCUUUAAGAUUAUAUUUCAAUGCAUGUGAGCUUGCAUAUAUUGUGUUAUUGUUUAAGAUUAUACUCACAAUGAGUUUGUUAGGAUUAAAGUUUGCAAUUGUGAUUUUGCCUAAAAGUACAUUUUUAAACUCAAUAAAAUUAUUGUGUUACCGUGAUUGUUA